AUGUCGUAUCCUCGAGGGCCGCCGCCGGGGCACAGCGGUUGGAACGGUCACGACUCUCCGAAUGCAUAUAAUCGGCAAGAUACACGUUCACCUUACGCGCAUAAUGUCCCAAAUCCAUACCCAACUCCCAGCAAUGGGAAUCAGUAUUACCAGCAGAACAGACAACACCAACCUCAGUAUUCCAAUGCGAUGCCAGUUCAGAACCAGUACCAUCAGCAGGCAUACUACCCGCCGCAGAACAUACAGAACCAAUACAUACAACCAUCACAGCUGUAUCAACAGCCUCCGGCGCAAAUGGGUCAAUACAUGUCUACGGGUCGACAAACCUCCACGCCAACGUCUUCAAGCGCAAUCCGAAUCCCCAACUCACCCAGCGGCGUUUCGUCUGACAGCGUGUCUCUCCUACUCCCUCUCGCCGAAGAGUAUUUUGAGGCUGCGCACAAGCUAGCCCCCUUGAUAUCAACGUCCAUGGCGCCGGAUAAUGUCGACACCUACCAGAGAUUGAUUGCGACCGGACUUGGGUGCUUAGAUGCUGCUUUGAGGAAAGGGAAACUUACGCCAAGGAUAGAGGCGACCGUACGAUUAAGAUAUUCGGGUGUGCUGCACGAAGAGACGGAAAAUACGAUGGAAGCGGAGACGGCGCUGGCAAAAGGCAUUGUGCUUUGCGAAAGGAGCCACUUCUUCGAUCUCAAAUACGCCAUGCAGUAUCUUUUGGCUCAAAUCAUGGGCCAGAAGAAUCUGAGAGCAGCUAUGAAAGCAUUGGAUGGAUAUAUAUCAGAAGCAGAAGCUUAUCAACAUGUUCCCUGGAUAUAUGCUCUCCGGUUUCUGCGAGCCAACUUUGCCCUUGAAUCUGGAAGUCCUGUCGAUGGAAAUGCUGCCGUACAAAACCUGCAAAAGGUUGCAGAACUUGCGAUCAGACAGCAUGACAGAGCUGUUCAUUUGACUGCAUCUGUAAUGGAAGCAAUGGUACAUCUAAGAUCCAUAGGUCCAGACUCUAAUGAGGCAGUUCAGAGAGCCAUAGCAGCUGCGAGAACACAUCAAUUAACCGUCGGAGAUAGUAUUCCACAACUUGCUGGUCUGAUCAAUCUUAUAGAUGUGAUGUGUGUAAUUCGUUCUGGUAAUACUCACCAAAUGUUGGACAAGCUAAAGGGUAUGCAAGUGGUUAUGGAUCGAAUGCUUAAGGAUGCCAAAUGGAGCUCAUCUAGUGAUACGAUGGCCAUUCCAAUCAAUAAAACAUCAAAGAGUUUGACAAUAGUCAGCCUCGAGACUAGAUCAGUCGUUGGAAUUGACACCGAUGGCCGCGAAGUUCUGAUUAUGUCUUUCCUCAACAAAAAGGAUGCCUUUUCGAUUAGUUACCUACUCUCUGCAAUCGUCUUAUUACACAGACAUGCAACUGAUCCAAAAGCUGUUAGAUACCUCAAAGAGGGAAUGGAAGGUCUAGCCGAAAAGUCUCGAGACCCAAAAGACUUUCUGGAUUUGUUACCAAAUUUAAAUACAAAGCAAUUAUGGCGAGUAGAACUUCUGUGCUACUUUCGUCUUUACCUAGCUUUCUGCGCAGCAUCCAUGUCCGACUGGGCCGAACUCAAAACAAACAUCGAUCACGUCGGCUCUACCGCCCGUCACAAUGACCUACCCUUAUCAGGUCCUCUUGGAUGCCUCAGCAUGUAUCUCACCGGCGUCUGGCUUCAAGGAAUCGGCAAUCUCGACUCGGCGCUCCGCAUCUUCCAAGACCCAAAACUCGCCCUUCCCCCUAGCAAUCCCAGCACCUCAACCUCCGUAUCCCAAAUUUCGCGCGACUUCGCCAUCCUAGCAGCCCUAAACACCCUCUGGAUCACACAAGAACCAUCCCGUCUCAACCCCGAAAGAAACAACGCUCUCCUCGCCCAACUCACCCCCCUCUGUGCCCAAAACCAAAACAAAGACCUCCACACCGCCUUCUGCCUCAUCAAAGCGACCAUUACCACCACCCCUCCCACCCCCCUCUUCGAAGUCAAACGCCAUCUCUCCCAGGCUCUCGCCGGCGCACAGAAGACAAUGAAUUCUCAGUUCCUAUGCAUCACAUUGAACGUCAUGUGCGCCCGCUUCUUCACCAACGUCGUAGGCGAACAGGCGGAGAAGAGCGCGUUGGCGGCUAGUGUGCAGGCGCAGAAGGGCGGGAACGUGCUGUGGAAGAGCGUGGCGGAUGGGAUGUUAGCUGGCUGUUUUGAGGUGCAGGGGAAGAAGAGAGAGGCGGAUGAGGCGCGGGGGCGGGCGGAGGGCUGGGCGAGAGUUGCGGCUGCUGGGUCGGGGAGUGUGGGGGGUUGA